AUGGAUCCUGAGUUACUUUCCCCCGACAAACGAAGUGAUCAUGUCCCCACUGACUUGGAAGCGAGCACGAAACCCCAGACCGGGGAGGCAGGGUCAGGUGGAUAUGGCUAUAUCGACUCGGUCAUCGAGAGAAGAGUCGUGAGAAAGCUCGAUCGGCGGAUACCAACCCUUCUUGGCUUCUUAUAUCUUCUCGGAUUCCUAGAUCGAUCCAAUAUCGGCAAUGCACGCAUAGCGGGGAUGGAAGAAGACCUGAAACUCGAUGGCAACCGCUAUGAAUGGCUUUUAACAAGCUUUUAUAUCUCAUAUCUUGUUUUCCAGUUUCAGGGGAUGAUGUGGAAAAUUAUACCCCCGCACAUCUGGGCAGCAUUCACCGUGUUUGCAUGGGGUAUCGUUGCAACAUGUCAGGCCGCUGUCUUCUCAUGGAAAGCAGAGAUGGCGCUCCGGUUCCUGCUCGGAAUUUCAGAGGCUGGGUUUGCUCCUGGCAUUCCGUUCAUGCUCUCCUUUUUCUACCGGCGCAAUGAACUAGGGUUCCGAAGCGGUUUGUUUGUCUCUGCUGCUCCCCUGGCCAGCACCUUUGCUGGGGCUUUGGCUUACGGAAUUACAUUGGCACACACUAAGCUUGCCAGCUGGAGGCUAUUAUUUCUUGUUGAAGGCAUACCGACCCUAUUAAUGGUGCCGGUGGUUUUCGGGUUUCUUCCCGAUUCUCCUGCUAAGGCUAAAUUCCUAACCGAAGAGGAAAAGGAGGUAGCUAGGGCUAGGGCAAUGAGGCAAGUCGGAACAGUUGACCGUGGCGGCGGCGGUGUUAGCUGGAGGGAAGUUGGAGACACACUUAUGGAUGCAAAAGCUUGGCUGGUAGCGCUUAUGUACUUUAGCUGCAACGUCAGUUACUCGUCGCUCCCCGUAUUUCUGCCGUCAAUUUUAAAGGAGAUGGGAUUCACGGCGAUCAACGCCCAGGGAUUAUCUGCACCCCCCUACUUCCUUUCAUUCAUGAUUAGCGUUUUCACCCCGUGGGUCGCAGAUCGCUAUCAACAACGAGGCCUAGUAAUUGCGAUUUUGUCAAUUGUGGGAGUUAUUGGGUAUAUUUUGCUUGCUACAUGCAGAUCUGUUGUCCCUCGAUAUAUCGGCGUGUGGCUCGCUGCCAGUGGUGUCUUCCCUUGCAUCGCUAAUAUUCUGCCUUGGGUUUUGAGUAAGUUAUUUUCUGCUACUGCAAAUAAUUUAAACAACAUAUACUCAUUUCACAAUCUCACCGACGUUAAAGACAACCAAGGCUCCGACACUCGACGUGGAAUGGGAAUCAUAAUUCUCAACAUAGUCGGCCAAUGUGGUCCGCUUCUAGGAAGCAACAUAUUCCCUGAAUCCAAUGGCCCGCUGUAUGUGAGGGGACAACUGAUCUGUGCAUUAUUUAUGGGAUUUAACUGUUUUCUAGCCAUCUUGUUGCGGACUCUAUUCGCGCGGGAGAACCGCAAGCUGGACAUUAGAUAUGGAACGUUGGCUGAGCGAGCAAGACAGAGAGUAGAAAGCGGAGUGCAGUCAGUGAUUGCAGAAGACAAUUUUGGACCUGAUUAUAGAUUUGUGCUUUGA